UUGAUAAGCUGUUAAUACCAUACAUCUUUCAUUCCAAGUCCACAACUCGCACGAACAGCGUCUGCUGCUAAAUCCACUAAGAAACACCUUCAAAAUGCAGAGCCUUAAGCAUUUGUUGAAACCUCAAAACGUCUCGACUGUCACCAAGACAUGGACACGCUCCUUCCUCACCACCUCGAAGCUGCAGUGCGAGGCUACAACCACACCUCCACCACUCACCCAGCUCACCGAAGAUGAGAUGAUGAUGAAGGAAACUGUUGCCAGGUUGGCCAAGGAGCAGAUCGGCCCCGUCGUGCGAGAGAUGGAAGCCGAGCACAAGAUCAAACCAGAAAUUGUCGAUAUGCUCUUCGAAAACGGGUUGAUGGGCGUUGAAGUUCCAAUUGAAUAUGGUGGAUCUGGAUGCAGCUUCAUGACCACCAUCCAGGUGGUGGAGGAGUUGUCCAAGGUUGAUCCGGCUGUGGCUAUCUUAGUCGAUCUGCAGAACACGCUCAUCAACAAUGUCAUCAUUAAGUUGGGAACCAAGGAGCAGAAGGAAAAGUACCUGACGCGGCUGUCCAAAGACACCGUCAGCAGCUUCGCCUUGACCGAACCCAGCUCCGGUACCGAUGCCUUCUCCUUGAAGACCACCGCCAAGAAGGACGGUGACCACUACAUCCUUAACGGAUCCAAAAUGUGGAUCUCCAACUCAGACAUCGCCGGAGUCUUCCUAGUCAUGGCUAACGCCAAUCCAUCAGCCGGAUACAAGGGCAUCACCUGUUUCAUCGUCGAAAGGGACAGCCCCGGAUUCACCGUCAACAAGCCAGAGAACAAGCUCGGUAUCUGCGCUUCAGGUACCUGCAUGUUGACCUUCGAGAACGUCCGCGUCCACGAAUCCCAGAUUUUGGGUGAAUUCGGACACGGUUACAAGUACGCAGCUGGCUUCUUGAACGAGGGUAGGAUCGGUAUCGCCGCCCAGAUGAUAGGUUGCGCUCAGGGAUGCUUCGACGCCACCAUCCCAUACACCUUGGAGAGGCAACAGUUCGGCAAACCCAUCUUCAGCUUCCAGUCGAUGCAACAUCAAAUCGCCAUCGUGCAAACCCAGAUCGAGGCUGCCCGUCUCCUGACCUACAACGCUGCUCGUCUUGUUGAGCAAGGCAAGCCAUUCGCCAAGGAAGCUGCCAUGGCCAAAUACUUCGCCGCAGAAGUCGCCCAGAUGGCCACCAUCAAGUGCAUCGACUGGAUGGGCGGUGUAGGCUUCACCAAAGAUUUCCCACAGGAGAAGUUCUUCCGCGACGCCAAGAUCGGAAGCAUCUACGAAGGCACCUACAACAUCCAACUCACCACCAUCGCCAAACACAUCGAGAAAGAAUACAAAAACUAAGAUUUCCUUCGCCUCUUACUACCAAAUUCAUUCAUUUUUAUACAUUUCCAACUCAAAUAAAUUUUAUAUUUAAAUAUUAAA